UCAGGAGCCGCCGCGGCCCGACCGACACAGCCUGGCCGGUUGGUCGGGCGGGGGCGAGACGAGGCGUUCAGCCGGCGGUCAUGGGUCCCGAAGCGCUGCCGCGGCGGCGGUGGCGGCGGCUGCGGCUGAGUGACUGAGGGGAGACCCCGCCGGGGGAGGGAGCAGGCGGAGGGCGAGGCGCGUGUGGCGUGCGCGGUGUUGACGACGGUGUUUUUAACCCUUAGAUGGUCUCCAGCGAGCCGCUGCUGCUGCCGGUGUCACUGGAGGGCGAGUUCUCCAGUAGCAUGAAGGAGAUGAUCGGCGGCUGUUGCGUGUGCUCCGACGAGCGGGGCUGGGCCGAGAACCCGCUCGUCUACUGCGAUGGGCACGGCUGCAAUGUCGCAGUGCAUCAAGCUUGCUAUGGAAUUGUUCAAGUACCCACUGGACCAUGGUUUUGCAGAAAGUGUGAAUCUCAGGAAAGAGCAGCCAGAGUGAGAUGUGAAUUAUGCCCUCAUAAGGAUGGUGCUUUAAAGAGAACAGAUAAUGGGGGUUGGGCUCAUGUGGUUUGUGCUCUGUACAUUCCCGAGGUGCAGUUUGCAAAUGUUUCUACAAUGGAGCCUAUCGUGUUGCAGUCUGUUCCUCAUGAUCGUUAUAAUAAGACAUGCUAUAUUUGUGAUGAACAAGGCAGAGAAAGUAAAGCAGCCACUGGUGCUUGUAUGACAUGUAAUAAACAUGGAUGUCGACAAGCUUUUCACGUAACAUGCGACUGCAGCCACUCUCCCCUCCCGGUGGCAAGAACUCAAGAGAACCAGCAGCUGCCCCAGCUCCCUUCUUCCCAGCCCCAUUCUCGAGUAUCUCUGCCCCUCCGAGAGAAACCCUCAGAUAAGAGAAGUGCAACCAGUGCACAGUUUGCAGGACUUCUUUGUGAAGAGGAAGGCAAUGAUGCAGAUAACGUCCAGUACUGUGGCUACUGUAAAUACCAUUUUAAUAAACUGAAAAAGAGCAAACGGGGAUCUAAUAGGUCAUAUGAUCAAACUUUAAGUGAUUCUUCCUCUCACUCUCAGGAUAAACAUCAUGAGAAGGAGAAAAAAAAAUAUAAAGAGAAAGAUAAACACAAGCAAAAAUAUAAGAAGCAGUCGGAGUCCUCACCAUCUUUGGUUCCAUCUCUUACUGUAACUACAGAAAAAACAUACACAAGCACUAGCAACAACUCCAUGUCAGGCUCCUUGAAGCGGUUGGAAGAUACCUCAGCUCGAUUUACAAAUGCAAAUUUCCAGGAAGUUCCUACACACGUUUCAAGUGGAAAAGAUUCUUCAGAGGCUAGAGGGUCAGAGAGCAAAGGGAAGAAAUCUGCAGGUCACAGCUCAGGUCAGAGGGGAAGAAAGCCGGGUGCUGGAAGAAAUCCAGGAGCAACUGUGACUGCAGCUAGCCCUUUUCAGCAAGGAAGCUUUUUGGGCACUCCUGGGAGCAUAAAAUCAUCUUCUGGAAGUUCAGUUCAGUCUCCCCAAGAUUUUUUGAGUUUUACAGACACAGAUCUGCGAAGUGACAGUUUCACACAUUCUCAACAGGCUUCCUCAACCAAAGAUGUACAUAAAGGAGAGGCAGGGAGCCAAGAGGGAGGAGUCAAUUGUUUCACUUCCUUAAUUGGUCUCCCUUCAUCAUCAGCAGCUGUUUCCCAAUCUAAAAACUUUGACAGCUCACCUGGAGACAUAAGUAAUUCAAGCCUUACUUCUACAGCAUAUAAACGAGCUCAAACUUCUGGAAUAGAAGAAGAAACUGUAACUGAGAAGAAACGGAAAGGAAAUAAGCAAAGUAAACAUGGGCCUGGUAGACCUAAAGGAAAUAAAAGUCAAGAAAGUCUUUCCCAUCUUUCAGUUUCUUCUGCUUCCCCAACUUCAUCUGUGGCAUCUGCUGCAGGAAGUGUGACAAGCUCUGGUCUUCAAAAAUCUCCAACUUUGCUCAGGAAUGGAAGUUUACAAAGUCUUAGUGUUGGUUCAUCUCCAGUGGGUUCAGGUAUUUUUAGCAGCAAUGAUGUAGCAGUAUCAUUUCCAAAUGCAGUAUCUGGCUCAGGAUCUAGCACUCCCGUUUCCAGUUCUCAUUUACCUCAGCAGGCUUCAGGCCACUUGCAGCAAGUGGGAGCUCUAUCACCUUCAACUGCGCCUUCUAUAACUACUGUUGUUGCUGCAACUCAGGCAAACACCCUACCUGGAUCUUCUCUCAGUCUGCCUCCAUCCCACAUGUAUGGCAAUAGGCUGAAUCCAAAUUCAGCCAUGGCAGCACUCAUAGCUCAGUCUGAAAACAGCCAAACAGAUCAAGAUCUCGGAGAUAACAGCCGAAGCCUUGUUGGCAGAGGAGGAUCACCCAGAGGAAGUCUCUCACCACGAUCCCCUGUGAGCAGCUUGCAGAUUCGCUAUGAUCAAUCAGGGAAUGGUUGCGGGGAAAAUUUGCCUCCAGUAGCAGCCAGCAUAGAACAGCUUCUCGAGAGGCAGUGGAGUGAAGGACAACAGUUUUUAUUAGAGCAAGGCACCCCCAGUGACAUUUUAGGAAUGCUUAAAUCAUUACACCAACUUCAAGUUGAAAAUAGGCGGUUGGAAGAACAGAUAAAGAAUCUGACCGCAAAGAAGGAGCGACUGCAGCUUCUCAAUGCACAGCUUUCAGUGCCCUUUCCAACAAUAACUUCAAAUCCCAGCCCUUCUCAUCAAGUACAUGCCUUUCCAGUACAAGCACCACCUAGCACAGAUUCCUUGAACAGCAGUAAAAGCCCUCAUCUGGGAAACAGUUUUUUACCAGACAAUUCUCUUCCUGUAUUAAAUCAGGAGAUAACCUCCAGCGGACAAAGCACCAGCAGUUCAUCAGCGCUUUCCACUCCACCACCUGCUGGGCAGAGUCCGGCCCAGCAAGGCUCGGGAGUCCCCGGAGUUCAGCAGGUCAAUGGUGUGACAGUGGGGGCACUGGCUAGUGGUAUGCAGUCUGUAACCUCCACCAUUCCUGCAGUGCCGGCUGUGGGUGGAAUAAUUGGAGCACUGCCAGCCAGCCAGCUGGCAAUCAAUGGAAUUGUAGGGGCUUUAAAUGGGGUAAUUCAGACCCCAGCAACAAUAUCACAGAACCCUUCUCUCACUCAUGCAACCGUGCCACCCAAUGCAACACAUCCUCUGCCAACCACGCUAAAUAACAGUGCCUCGGGACUAGGAUUGCUUUCUGACCAACAGAGACAACUAUUACUCCAUCAACAGCACCAGCAAUUUCAGCAAUUACUAAGUACCCAGCAACUCACAUCAGAACAACAUCAGGCCCUUUUGUAUCAAUUAGUACAGCAGCAACAUCACCAUCACCAACACCAUCAGUCUGAAGUACAGCAAUUGCAGAUUACUGGAGGAGCACAGAUACCCAUAAACAACUUACUUUCAGGCACACAGGCCUCACCACUUAAUGCAGCUGCUACCAACCCAUUCCUUACAAUUCAUGGAGAUAACGCAGCUCAGAAGGUGACAAGGCUCAGUGAUAAAACUGGACCAGUUGCAUCAGAGAAGAGUUGACAUUUGAAUGACACUUGAGCCCUGCACGUCCUGCUGUUAUAGCACUUCAUGUGGCUGCAAACCCCAGGUUCCCUUUCUGCAGAUUGAAAAAGAGCAACAAGGAACUCUGACUGCACAGCAAGCAGUUCAUAAUUUUCAUAAGGAUAUUUUUGGUAGGCUUUCAUUUGCUUUCUUGUUGCACUAAAAUGGAUGUACUUUUUAAUGUCUCAGACUGUGAAGUAGAUAAAACUCUGCAAAUCAUAAUUAUUUUGUCAAUAUGAUGGUACUAAGUACAAAUUCAACUACAGAAGAACAUACACUUGACUCUUCAAUCCUAAUCUCACAGAUUUAAAGGCUGUCAACCGUCUGCAGUGCUGCAUUGCUUUGGUUUCAGAGCAGUAGUUUUAACAGCCCAACCCCAGCCCAUCUGAUCUGCUGCUGCAGUUGUAAUAGAUCCUUUUAGACUGAGCUUGUAAUGGCAGCUGGGACUUGCUGUUUGUCGUUUCUUUUUUUACACACCUGUUUUGGAACCUGACUCAUAAGGGAAUUGUCUUCUGAACUUUUUAUUCCUUUAAAUUCCUAUUGUUGUAUAGUUGGGAGUUUUUCUUGAAUAAGAAUUAUGGUAUGGAAUCCAAAGUUUAUUAAUUUUGGUGUAGGUUUUAGAGUUUUGAGGUUUUUAAAGGAACCAUUUUGGUUCCAGUGACAAAGUUUUCUUACCAGAUGAGAAGGCCACACUGGAAGAAGCUUGUGUAGUGUUUGGCCUAAACCAAGUGCCUGUUGCUACCUCCAUUUUGUUGAAAUGGCUGCAAACAGCUGAUCAUGCACUAGACGUGUCCUUGUUAGCAGCGGGAAUAUUCUGUCUUGCACCAGCAGCCUUGUUCUGCCUUUCCUAGAGGUGUUUAUACCACUGUAGAGAGCUCAGGUGGAUUGCUACCUGGGUCACUUUUCACUAAUAAAUUACCAAAAAAGCGAGCUACCAUUUCGCACUAGAAUUUCCCAGUGGUUGAAACGGGUGAACUUGUGUUACACUUCCGGCAGUUGCUGAUCUCGUGGCGAGUCUAUGCAGGGUGGUGAAGGACAGUUUAAAUGGGGGUAAUGACCACUAAUCAAGAGUUGAGGUGGGAAUUAUUAGCGGAAAAGACCCAGCUGUAAUUAGACCUCCACUGUGUACUUAUUUGGAAGAACAUGUUAAUUCUGCAAUAUGUUUCUUAGUUAAACAUUGCACAGUUCUUACCUCAUUUCUGUAAAUAAAGUUUUGUGAAUCUGUUUUGUAUUGUGAAGAAUUCAUAAGAAAACAUUGAUAUUUUGAUUUGUAAUAUUUCUAAUUAGUAGAUUUAAUUGAAAAAGUAAAAAUAAUUUAUUUUUAUAUGUUCUGGGGAAUUUUUUAAAAAUGUCACAAAUCACUUUUGUAGAUACUUCACAAAAGUAAACCAGUGGUUUAUUUUACUUACUUGCCCCACUGGUGGAUAUUCUGUAACAAUUUGUACAAAAGGUAAGAUGGAAAUGUGCUGUUAUUUUGACUAGAUGUAAAAUUCCAAGUGUAUGAAAAGAUGUACAGAGCUUUUGUUAAUAAACUUUAAUAAUGUUUAUCAUUGUA